AUGCCAAUCUGUUGCUACAGGUAUCCUCGCAAGAAGGCUUUACGGCAGCCGGGGACUCCACACGAGGGAGAUUCCAUAAUCUCAGACUCGACUGUUUCCGCAGAUCAUAGCAUUUUCCAGCCAGGUGAAAGUUCGCUUGUGCACAUUGACGCGUCGGAUUCUCCUGAUCAGCGUCAUCAUCUGGGACAGCGCGGUAGCAGUGCGACGCAUAGCCGGAACAGCUUUGGGACUUCUUGGAUAUCCGCUGGAGAUACGACAAGCGUUUCUCAUCAGACUGUGUUCCUUGGAGAAUCAAGUCCCCUGACGUGUGUAAUUGACGAGGGACGGCGGUCACCCGAGAAGGGCCCGGCGAAUGCUAUGCAAAAUACUCGCCUUCACUACCCUAUCCCAGAAAGGCUGGAUGCUAAUAGUACACGCGAUGAAGCGCUUCGCGCACACAGGCGCAAGGUGGAAGAGCAGCUGAAUGCUGAUGGCGCAUUCUCCUAUCCACCAAAAGACACUUGUGCGAUACUACUGAGAGCCUACUUCACAUGGUUUCACCCAUGCUUUCCCAUUUUGGACCGUUUAGCGGUCAAACAAUCAUACGUCCGAGGUGAUAUUUCUCACCUUCUGCUGCAGUCGAUGCUCUUCAUUGGGGUUAGUCUUUGCACUGACGAAGACUUUGCGCGCACCGAGUUCUCUCUUCGAUAUCGAGCCAAGUUUCUCUUCUAUAGUCGAGCUAAGGCUAUAUAUGAUGCCGACUGGGAGUCGAACAAGACUACCAAGUUGCAGUCACUGUUCUUGCUGAGCUCUUGGCGCGGAGGGCCAUCUGAAGAACGUGAUACGAGGUUCUGGCUAGGAGUCGCUAUUAGCUUGGCUCAAAAGCGUGGCAUGCAUAUGAUGUCCAAAUUACCCUUCCCGUCCGCGCGGGAAGAGAAACUAUGGAAACGAAUAUGGUGGGCCCUUUAUAUACGCGACCAGCAAAGUGCUGCAGCCUUGGGUCUUCCGCCUCGGAUACGAGACGAAGACUGCGAUGUUGCAAUGCUUGAGCCGAGCGAUAUCCGGGAAGAGGAAGCAGUGGAUGAUGCACAAGUGUUUGGAGCACAAAGAGAUGAAGAUAUAGUCUAUCCAGCGGAAAUGGCGAAAUUAGCGAGGAUAUCCCUGAAACUAGAAAGUGCAGCGUCCCCGAGAGCCAUGUUUUUGACUGGGUUGUUGCACAUGACGUACAAGAUCACCCAUACAUUCUCAACGCUGUGUAUCCAUACUAUCCACUGUCGCCGAACAUCUGGAACGGCUAGGAAGUUGGCAGAACACCGCGCAAAGCUCUGCCUUCUUGGACUCCAGGAGUUACAGAAAACCUGGGAUAUAGAAAAUUGGGUACUAAAUCUCUUCUUCCGAUGCCUGGAUGAUAGCACCGCGCGUACUCUCCGGUUGACAGACAUUGUCGCACCAUCAGGCCAACCAAUAACCCAUACUGAGACUACAGAUAAAAGUGCCGAUGCCGAUAAAUCUCAGGAUCUGCCCACCCCGACUGAAGCCAUGGACUCUAUUCACGAAGACCCAACGCUAGCGCCUGCCCUACAACCUUCCCCGAGCAUGGAAAAUGGGGAUAUUACCGCGCCAGGUGACUGGUACGGAUUGUUUAAUUUUACGGAUGAUUUUACAGAUGUUCUAGGGGCGUCGUCAUAUCAUGAUUCGCUCAAUCUCCAAAAUCUGGAAUUCUUAUAUCGAUUCUUGUGA